CCCUAGUCGCAAUUAGAAUUGUUUACAAAUGUACAUUCCAAUUAAAUAUUUGAAAACUGUACGACUUCAACACCUAUUAUGAAGCGAUUAUUUAUUAUUUUUGUAUAUAUUAGCCGAUGCACUACAGGCUUGGCUAUUGGAACAAGUGAAUCACGUAAGCUAUCAGAUAAAUAUGUUAUGUGAACAUUUUCUAGAAGAAAACGACUAAACGACUAAAACAACGAAAUUAUAUUUAUCAAAUUGCCUAGUAUAAUUUGCUUAAGUGCUAGGCCCAUAUAACGUUUCAAAUAAAACAGGAAACCUUUUACCAAUUCAUCGGAUGGAAACAACACGCGAUGCGUGUGUUUUCUUCUUAACAAGGGAAACCCCAUUUGCAUGCUGCUACAAAUUAUAACUGUACUAUAUGGUAGGUAUAAUUAUUUUGUAUCCAAACUACGGAUUGUUAGAUCGGCUACUCAAGUUGCCCUUACUGUGAUGCCAUAAAAAGUCGCGCUGACAUUUUAACACUUGGAAGGUGAGAAAGACGAGAAAAGAGCACAGCACAAUAAGCUGCAUAUACAGCGUCAAUGAGUGUACCUAUGAACAUCCUUGAACUGAACUAGCACAAGGCACGAGUUGGGCAAUGAGUGUGUGAAGCACUUAAAGCUAGGGAUUCCCCCCGUUGCAACAGCGUCACUUGCUGUGAAAGCCAACAAACAAGAAGUGAGAGCAUAGAACGGCGAUCAUAUGUAAAUUGAUGGAAACUUUAACUAUGAUGUUAAUCCCCCAAAGCUAGCAAUUACUUACGACACAGCUUGAAGGCAUGUGAUAGAUUAUUAUAUAGGUUAAGGUCAGGCAGGAGCCUUUUUCCAACUUAAUAAUACAGGAAAAAAUGUUCUCUUUAAAUGUAGCUUGUUGAUCUGUGCUCUAAUCUAAAACUAACAAUAAGGAACAAGCAAAGCGGUGAACCAAUUAAAUUUAAAUAUGAUACGCUGUCGGUCAGCUCUAAUGAAUAUUUAACGAGCUUAAUUGCAUUUGGUGCACUUUGAAAACAGUAUAUCUUUAUUCAUACUAUAUUAUAUUGAAUAGCAACACCAACAAGAGCAUAAAAAAACCAACUAAAUUAAUAGCCGUACUGUGUUUGCUACUUGACAAUUAGCCAGGUCAUUUAAAGUUAAUACGAAUAUAAUAAUAAGCAUUUAGAAAAGUCAUCGUGGCUAUGACGACAGACUGUUGUAUUUAGAUGCGGAUAACGCGGCGUAUUCGUAAUGCAUGUUACGUAUACGCACUUAACCAGAAGUUAAAGAUUAUAGAACUGCAUUCGUUGUCGAGGCAACAGCACGAAUGACCCCAAAUUACAGAGCAAUUCAGUGCGAAUACUUUGGCAUGCCGAUAAAUAAUAUAUUUAUAUAUGUAUGUUAUGUAUACAUAUAAUUUACUUGUGGCCGUAACGGCGUCAAACCGUGCCUCAAAUCACAGCCGCCAAAGCCGGGCGCCAAUUAAAAAAUAAUCAAAUAAUUCUAAUUAAUGAUAGUGUCCAGUAGGCUGGCAUUUGCAUAUCGACUCUGCGCUCAGGUGGGGACAGCAGGCGCUAAUCCUUCGCAUCGCAUUUUGUCAUUAAUAUCUAGCAGCAUUUCGCGAUAUCUCGUUAGCCAACUGUCAGUAUUCGUUAGCGUUGGCGUUAUUGUCGGGACUGUUUCCGUUCCAGCUGGUCCAAAAACUUUACCUACAUAAUUAGCUUGCAUAUGAAUUUAUUUUUGAGGCUUCGCCGCUGCCAAGCAACGCUGAGCGGGUGCCCGGGGCGAAUCAUCCUGCAGCUGUAUCUAGGUCAUGGUGCGUACGACGUGUUCGACUAUAAAUGCCUGUUGCUGCGCUGAUUCGUUUACCAUUUACCUUCGGUCGUUGGUUCCAUCCGCUGCCUGUUGACUUGCUCCUGGCUCACCAAUUGCUCCCGUACAACACCCCGUUGACCUAUUGCCCGUUUGUUCGGCAGUUUCCGGUCAUCAUUCAUAAUUCUGCAUUCGAGACGUCAGUUACUUGUUGCGCCAUUGGACAACGUUGCAUGCAACAUACGUGUGCAAAUUUAAUUAGCUACUUGUCAAUACUCACCAGUUAAAGGUAAUCGCAUCAUGUCCCAAACAAUGCGCUGCACUUUGGUUGUCUGCGUGGCACUCGCUCUGUUUGCCGCUGGCUGCAACGUGGAGGCAUCCAAGGCGCGCCCGCCGCGCAACAACGAAAUCAGCACCAUGGCGGACGCAUUAAAGUAUCUGCAGGACCUCGACGUCUACUAUGGCGACAGAGCACGCGUGAGAUUUGGAAAGCGCGGCUCUGUAAUGCAGGCAAUUCGCAAUCGAAUACUUGAAAAUGGCAUUAACAGCAACAAUAAUGAAAUUAUCAAUGACAACGGCGGUGAAUUGAUACACGUCGCUGGCGAAGAUGAAAUGUUUUAAUGAUGGGGCGAAGAGAGAGAAUAAAGUUUAAGAUCUUGUUGCAUCAUUUUGGAGCAAUAGUUUAAAUGUAUACAACAAUUUCUGGUAGCAAAAAUACCAAAGAAUACUUAAAAUAUGAAUGUUAAAUAAAGUUAAAUGUUCAUUGCAAAA